AUGCCCACUGACCCAAAGAUCACGCUUGAGCUCCCCGAGCCGCCCGUCCCAGCCCCGCCGCUGGAUCGCAGCUUGUGGAAACCGACGCAGGAAGAGCUGGACUUCUUGCACAAGGCGAUCGCUAAGGACGAUGCGGUGCUCAAACAGAGGGUGUUUACCGUUCAGGAGAAAUGCUACCAGGACUACCCAUAUCCGUGCCUGAGGGCGUUCCACUUCGUGUCGUUGAUGAUGCAGCAGAACGCAAUAUACCCCGAAGUGCUAGAAACAGGCAAGGAGGGCCACGCUUAUCUGCUGGAUCUUGGCUGCAUGAUGGGAACAGACCUUCGCAAGCUGAUCCGGGACGGUUAUCCUCCCCAUAUGCUCAUCGGCUGUGAUCUGCGCGACACCUACAUCAAAGCUGGAUACGAGCUGUAUGGUGAUGCGGCAACAUGCCCGAUCAAGUUCAUCACAGGGGACAUGUUCUCCAUCGUUCCUUCUGCGGUGCCGCUGCGCACGGCCCCGAUCGACAUAAGCAAAGUGACAGAGCUCAACGACCUCAAGCGCCAGCUGACAUACAUCUACGCCGGUGCCCUCUUCCACCUGUUUGACGAGAGCACCCAGAAGGCAAUCGCCCUCCGCCUCGCGUCCCUCUGGCGGCGCGUCCCGGGAGGCAUCAUCUUCGGUCGGCACACCGGCGCCAAGCAGGAGGGGAUCCUUGCGGACCACAUGGGACGGUCGAGGUACGCCCACAGCCCGCAGAGCUGGGAGAAGAUGUGGAAGGACGUGAUGGAGCUGCUCGAGGGCGAGGGCGCGGGGAACAAGAUUCGCGUUAAGGCAGAGAUCAGGCCUGGCCCUGGCGGUAUUCCCAGGGAGAACGUUUUGAUGAUGUACUGGAGCGUUGAGAGGGUUCAGGUGAACGAUGUGUAA